AUCGCAGAUUCACAGUGAUUCGAGCGCUUCGUGCGUUGUGCAUCUUGAAGUUAACCUCCAAAAAUAACGCCGACUCGAUUUUAUUAGUUUUUAAUGUUAUUAACAUUAAAUUAAAAAGGACAGGAAAUUCAGGUUAUAAUCAUGGAUAUAAGACCAAAUAACACAAUUUAUAUCAACAAUUUAAAUGAGAAAAUUAAAAAGGAGGAGCUGAAGAAGUCCUUGUACGCAAUAUUUAGUCAAUUCGGGCAAAUUUUGGACAUCGUAGCUCUUAAAACCUUGAAAAUGAGGGGACAGGCUUUUGUUAUCUUCAAGGAAAUUUCAAGUGGUACAAACGCUUUGAGAUCUAUGCAAGGCUUUCCGUUUUACGACAAACCAAUGAGGAUACAGUACGCAAAACAAGACAGUGAUAUGAUUGCCAAGAUGAAAGGCACCUUUGCCGAGCGGCCGAAGAAGCCAAAGCGCGUUCUGCCGCAGGCGGAGGAGGAGGCGAAACGGGCGAAAAAACGCGCCAAGGAACAGGCGAAAAAUUCUCAACAAGUUGGCUAUCACGCUGGCGUUCCUCAGCAUUUGGGAAUGACCAAUGCCGCGGUACCUGAACAGCCACCGAAUCAAAUUCUUUUCCUGACAAAUCUGCCGGACGAGACGAGCGAGAUGAUGCUGUCGAUGCUCUUCAACCAGUUUCCCGGUUUCAAGGAGGUCAGACUGGUGCCAAAUCGUCACGAUAUUGCCUUUGUGGAGUUUGAAAAUGAAGUGCAGUCCGGAGCCGCCAAGGACGCACUUCAAGGAUUCAAAAUUACGCCUUCGCACGCGAUGAAAAUUUCUUUCGCCAAAAAAUAAUUUAGCAAUAUAUUCUCUCGGAAAAAAUACGUAUUUUUUCUUUAUUUUUUUCUUUCUUCCAUUCUUUCGAAUUAACCCAUCGUUGUACAUUCAAGAUUUAGAGUCGCUACUUGUUGUAAGAAGGUUCCAUUUUUAUUUUUUUUUAAUUUUCUUUUCUUUUAUUUUUUUUUUUAAGAUGCGGCUUUUUAGCAUGAAUAAGAGUGGAUCACUAUUUUGAAAUGUUACAAGUCCUCGUAUUUAUACGUUUUCGUUUCCAAAUAAGAUUGAAAAAUAAUCUAACGAGUUUGAAAAUUAAUUGAAAAUUAUUCCAGAUGGACUGGAUUUUCGUGAGUAUGGAUCGAGUUGAUUGUUUGGAUUUUCUGCAGCAAUUUUACAGAUUGAACUUUUAUUAAUAAAUGAAACAUAAGCAAGAA